CGUUAGCAUCGAGAACAAAGGGGCCAAUACAGUGACCUUACUGUUGAAACGUGGAUUCGUAGUAUGCAAUUAAGAGAUAAAUUUUUUUAUGAAAAAAUGUUUUUUUAUUUUUUGUAAACAGCAACGUUAUAUUAAUAAGAUAUAUAAUUCGUGAUGUCGUUUUCAAUGGAUGCAAUUGCCCAUAACACAGCUAAGACAGUUAUAAACUUGAAUAUUUUAAGACAGAUAGAAAAAGAUCUUGAUAUAGAUGAGAAGAUUUCUGUGUUAUUUUUAAUAAUAGAAGAUUAUACAAAUGCAUUUAGAGAUAUUUUUGAUCUUUUUCAAAAAGCAAGAACAAAAAAUUCAUACAUAAUUAUAGAUUAUGUAAAGAAACAUCCAGAGAAUUGGGAAGAUAAAAUUUUAGAAGCAUUAUGCAUUCUAAAUAAUCAAGAAGUAAUAAGGAAAUUAAGAAUAUCUUUUAAAGAUUUAGAUUUACAAUAUGUUCCAAAGUUCAGAUUAUAUUCAAAAAGUAUAAAUGUAGUUGCAAAAUGCUUAUACAGAUUAUGUGAAUCUUUGAAUGAAAGUGAGCAAAAAUUGUUAUUAAACUAUAUUAAAUCUGAUAACUAUAAUUAUGAAUCAUUACUGGAUGAUACAGAUUUUCUUGAAUUGCAUAUGCUAUAUUGGAUGCAAAUUAAAUAUAUUACAAUUUCAAAAGAUGAAAAACAUAACAUGGAAAAAUUAUUAAAACAUUUGAAAAAGUUUGAAGAUUUAAAAAUAAUUUCCAUUGAUUUGGAAAAAUUUGAAAAUCGAUUGCAUGUUGUUGAUACUCAUGGAAAUUUUGGAACAAAUGACAAGAAUUAUCUUCAUCCAAUUUUUCUAGAACAAUCAUUUCAUGCAGAAAAAAAUAACAAAAAGAAAAUACAACCUAUUAAUAAUGGAUUAUGUAUUAUUAUAAAUCAGAUAUUCUUUAGAAAAGAGUACGACACGCGAUUUGGAAGUAGUACAGAUUGUAAUAAUUUAUCUGAAACAUUUCAAGCUUUUGGAUUUAAAAUAGAGAUAUUUGAAAAUUUAGAGAAAAAAGAAAUGUUAGAAAAAAAUAAAAAUAUUGCAAAGAACUAUGGUAACAAGUAUGAUUGUUUAUUUCUUUGCAUUUUAAGUCAUGGAUAUAGAGGAGGUGUAAUUUCAUCAGAUGAAAAAGAAGUUUCCUUGGAAGCAAUUGAAAAAGCUGUUUGUUGUAUGGAAUUGAAAGAUGUUAUAAAAAUUGUUAUCAUACAAGCUUGUCAAGGAAAGACACGUGAUUUUAUUUCCACAGGAAGAAUAAAUAAUUGUUUAACAACUGAUGGUUUAUCUGAUUCUCAUACAUUGAUAUCAGAAGAUAUUCGUCAAUUUAGAAAAUUUUUUAUAUUUAUGUCAACAAUACAAGGUUUUGUAUCAGUACGUCAUAAAGAUCAAGGUUCAUGGUUUAUACAAGAAGUUUGUGAAAUUCUCAAAAGUUAUGGGAAUCAAUUACCUUUCACUGAGUGUGUUAGAAAAGUAAUGACAUCUAUGCAAAACAGAAACGGUAAAAUAGAAGGAACUCAAGUUGUGCAAUUGCCAGAAAUACGCAAUGAUCGUUUAGAUUCAGACUUUCAAUUAAAAAGUAUAAUUAACCUGCAUUUUGAGUAGCAAUUAUGCAUUUUAAAUAGUUUUUUUUUCUAUAUGUACAUAUGUAAAAAAAUUCACAUAUAUAUUGAUAUAAUAUAUAUAUAUAUAUAUAUAUAUAUAUAUACAUACA